AUUACAAACAAAACAAAACCAAAAAAAAAAAAAAAUGAAACUAACAGGACUAAUUAAACAUAUUAUAGAACACAAAUUAAUCAUGUGUAGAACUUUCUGUUGUUAUAUAUAAUGGACGACACAAGAUUUUGUGAGGUUCUGUUGGAAUAACUCCAACAAUUGAACCAUAACUCAAUCUCACAACAACUCCACCUUCUCUCAUUAUAAUCACAUCUCUAUAUAAAGUUUCAAUCUGGACCACAUUUUCAUAGUCAAUCAGAUAAAACAUAAACAACAAAAAGAAAACAUCACUUUCCCAUAUAAGCAAAAAUCUCAAAAUGCUAAGUCAAUCAUCAUACUCCGUUUUCUUUGCAAUUUUAUUUGCAAUAAUCAACUUGACACCCCUUGUUUCUGCAAUUGACACUCAAACUCCUGGAGGAUCGAUACUCGAAUUAUACAUGCAUGAUAUUCUUGGUGGAAAUAAUCCAACAGCUAGGCCAAUUACUGGUUUAUUAGGCAGUAUUUAUAGUGGAAGUGUCCCUUUUGCAACGCCUCUUGGAUUUCAACCUCCUGAAGAUGGUGUGGCAAUUCCCAAUUCCAAUGGUGCAAUGCCAACAUUCAAUAUCAAUGGUGUUCCACUAGGAACUGGCUUAGCAGGCACAACAUUUGCUGGAAACCAGAAUAGCCAAACUACUGUGACUACCCAAUUAGGCCCUGAUGGCUUGGGCCUCGGCUUUGGUACCAUCACAGUUAUCGAUGACUACUUGACUUUGUCCCCUGAGUUAGGCACACAAAACCUUGGAAAAGCACAAGGUGUAUAUGUAUCAAGCUCUGCAGAUGGGACUACUCAAAUGAUGGCAUUCACGGCCAUGUUUGAAGGAGGCGAAUAUGGAGAUAGUCUCAAUUUUUUCGGAGUUUACAGAAUUGGAAGUACUAUGUCAAGAAUUUCAGUUACAGGAGGAACUGGUAAGUUUAAGAAUGCUUGUGGAUUCGCAGAGAUUCGGUCGCUUAUACCAGCUGGUCAACAUGUUACAGAUGGUGCAGAGACAUUGUUGAGAAUUACUGUCCAUCUUACUUACUGAAAUUUUUUCGAUGUGAAUCUUUAAGCAAGAGAUUGUAGAUUGUUUUGUGUGAAAGUUGAAAUCAACUUUGAUUUGUGUUAUAUUUGUGUCUUACUUUGGAAUUAAAUAUAAGCAUAUUCUUUUGUGUU